AUGCGAAGAAUCUAUGACUUCAUUUCUUCAACAGAGAAUAUGUUUCUUGUUAGUCAGUUGACUUCCUUUCCUGAGUUCAGGAUAAGGCCUCCAACUCCCGAGGAGACUUUGAUCCUGUUCCAGCUUCACCGACUGAAGCCCAUUAUAUGGCAUCAUAAGACUCAGAUUUUCACAACAGACGCCGCCGUCCCCCCGUUCUCCUCACCGUUGGAUUUCCAAGUCAACGCACGGCUCAAGAAGGGAGAGAGAGAGAAAUCAGUUCUGGUGAAGAUGAUGGAUGAAAUUGAUGACUUAGAGCCUAUACCUGAGGACAUUCUUGGUGAGCAGAAAGAGCCAGAUCCUAUUUUUAAUGGAACAGAGGUUCUUGGGAUGGAAGCCAACAUGGGUACAUCUUUUCGUCCCUCAGAUGCCGAUUCCGAAUCUGAGAGAUCUGCUUCGCCUGAGAAGGCUGUCGCCCUUAAGAAUUUUGUCAGAGAAGGGUGCAGUUUGACUGAGCUCAAGGGCUUGGAUGAGUCUAGCAAGCUUGAAAAGUGGAUUGAUUAUUUGAUCACUGAAGCUCCAGCGUCUGAAGCGCUUUUUCCACCUCUUUCUGGCGAAGAUGAUAUAGGUUCAUCAACUGCUGUAGAUUAUACGUUCAGAGGCUGUAGAUUUCUUGUCAGAGGAUCAAUACUUGGAGAGAGAGAAGAGCUUGAAUCAUCAUCGCCGGUGGAGGAGGAAGAAGAGCCAAACAUGGACAACUCUACCGGCACCGCUUCACCAAAACCAAACAAGAAGCGAAUAAAAAACGACAGAGGAGGAGAUGAAGAAGCGUAUGACGUGGAGGCGUGGGAUACUCUGAGCAAGAGUUUCAAGCAGGUGCAGAGCGUGCUGGAUCGCAACCGUGUCUUGAUUCAACAAGUGAACGCUAAUCACCAGUCGAAGAUUCCAGAUAAUCUCGUAAAAAACGUUUCAUUAAUUCGCGAGAUUAAUGGAAAUAUCUCCAAGGUAAUGUCGAUUUACUCCGAUUUAUCAGUCAAUUUCUCCAACAUUGUUCAGGAACGGCGUCGUGUUAAGAAUGGAGGAGACAGCAAUUUGGAUGGCACAAGCAACGAGUCUUGA